CCCCCCCCCCCCCCCAACAGCCCAGCCCACAAGCUCUGUGGGGUGGAGGUGGGACCCCCAAGCCCCACCCCGUCAUGACAUGGCGACCGGGGGAGGGCCCGCAGACCGGGACGCGGUAGGGAGCUGGUCCCGCUGGCCGGCGCAGCAUGGCGCGACCUGUCGCUCCGCCCGGCCGGUCAGUGAGGGUGCGAGAGUUGGCGAUUCUCUGCUGCUUGCUGCGGGUGGGCAGCGCCGCUCUCCUGGCGCCUGCGGGCACCUGGCUGGGGGAACAGGGCGGCGGUGCUCAGGGCCGCCCGCCCUGGGAUGGAGACGGCCGGGACGAAGAAGUGGCGGCGGCGGCCCUGCGGGAAAGCACUAAAAGAAUUAGCUUACUGAACUCGUCAUCAAAAGAUAAUAUGACCGCUUUCUAUGGAAUAAACCAGUUUUCUCACCUGUUUCCUGAAGAGUUCAAAGCUCUUUACUUAAGAAGCAUACCUCACAAACUUCCCAGAUACAUAAAAGUGCCAAAGGGAAAGGAAAAGCCUUUGCCAAAGAAGUUUGACUGGAGGGACAAGAAAGUCAUUGCAGAAGUGAGAAAUCAGCAAACAUGUGGAGGCUGCUGGGCUUUCAGCGUGGUGGGUGGUAUAGAGUCUGCCUACGCAAUUAAAGGAAAUAACCUGGAAGAACUCAGCGUACAGCAGGUUAUUGACUGUUCAUACAAUAAUUAUGGCUGCAGCGGGGGAUCCACUGUUAGUGCUUUGAACUGGCUGAACCAGACAAAAGUAAAACUCGUGAGAGAUUCAGAAUACACUUUUAAAGCUCAGACAGGAUUGUGCCAUUAUUUUGGUCACUCAGAUUUUGGAGUUUCAAUAGCAGGAUUUGCUGCAUAUGACUUCAGCGAUCAAGAAGAAGAAAUGAUGAGGAUGCUUGUGAACUGGGGCCCUUUGGCAGUAACAGUAGAUGCGGUUAGCUGGCAGGAUUAUCUUGGUGGGAUCAUACAAUAUCACUGCUCCAGUGGAAGAGCAAAUCAUGCUGUUCUUAUCACUGGUUUUGACAGAACAGGUAGUAUCCCUUACUGGAUUGUACAGAACUCUUGGGGGCCCACAUGGGGAAUAGACGGCUAUGUUCGUGUUAAGAUAGGCAGCAAUGUCUGUGGUAUAGCAGAUACAGUUUCAGCAGUAUUUGUUUGACACUUACUGGCCAAAGACCCCAAGUAUCAUUUGGACACACACUGUACGUGAAGAUUUACUUCAAAACAGCACUUUCUAAAAUAAGAAAUCUCUGUAAGGGCAACUCUUCCUUUUAAGCAAUACAGGAAUGGGUUGGCUGGAGUUUUUAAAAAUGUUUUUAUUUGGAAUGUGGUGUGUGUCAAAUCUCUCAUGGAAUAAGAAGACUUGGAGUAAUCUGCAGAGUAUGCAAAAAGAAGUUACAAUGAUGGACUGAAACUGCGAGUGUGAUCUCUAUCCAGGUGUUGAAUACUACUCCAUAAAAAAAUCUUACAGGGAAAGAAGUGAUGAUGAAUGAUGAGGAAUUUGGAUCAAAUACCUUAUGACAAGGUAUAAUUGAAAUGCUUAGAAUAUAAGAACUACCAUGAUCAGGUCUGAUUUUAUUGUGCAGGGAAGAAAGUCAGUCAAGAAUAUAUUCUGUUUGAUACUUGGGCACCUCUGACAGACACAUAUAUUUUGUCUUCCUCCUUUUUGUGAAAUCUUACUCUUUCUGUGAAGUUGGAAGAAUACAGGAGGGUAACAGAUACUCAGCCUUGUUGCCUGAAUAUCCAGUGUCUCUGAAGUUCUGUAGUCCUUCAUCAUCAGUCUUCAGACCUUUAUUGGGUAAAUCUUCAAUGCUAUUCAGAGCAGGGAAUACGUUUUGGAAAGUGCCUAUAAUAUCAGUCUUCUGCAUUCAUUUGUUAGAUGGAUAGAAAAGUAAUAAGUAAGUAUAUUUAGACAAAGAGAGGCAGUUCUAGUGGUUUAACAUCCUAUGUCCUGGCAGGUUGUGUGUGUUUGCAAAUCAGCCUUUCUGUGCUUCAAGAGCUGUAUCAGUUUCAUGCCUUUUUUCUUCUCUACAUCGUGAGUUACAGUGAAGCCAGCUGCAAAGUACAAAUUAAAAAAUUUGCUUCUUGUAAAAAAAUUUCUGAGGGUGGGGUUUGUUAAUACACCUUUCUAAAGUCAGUAAUUACAGGAUACUCCAAAUAGAGUGGGGUUUAGAUUUCCCUGCAUUAAUUAAUUGAAUUCAUAGAUGGGAAUUGCUGGCAAUCAGAAAAGGGAUGCCAGCUUUGCUGGUCAUAACUAGAUUUCACAACCAAACAUGUAACUCUAAAAUGCUCUGAGACUUUCAUCUGGAAUCUGUAUAUUUUAUGAAGCACCACUCUGAAAAAUGCUGAAGCAAUUCUGUAGUUUUUGCAUUCAAUUACUGUACCAUGUUACUAGAUCAGUGUAUUUAUAAUCUUAUGACAAACACAAUGAGCAUUCAUCAUUUUCUAUUGUAAGUAUUGCCAUUUUACUCAUCUACUUCUUAAGUGUUAAUAUUUUAACAGUUUACAAACAACAAAUAGUACACUUACUUCCAUAACUGGGAAACAGUAGCCAAAGUUCCCAGCUGGCAUUGAUAAGAGUAAUGCUGUUAUAGUAGUAUCAGACACAGACUAUUCCACUAGUGUUUGUGAAGUGUGUAAGUACCUAAGGCACAGAGCAACUCAGCAGAAGUUAGGCUAAAGUGUAUGUGUAUUUCCAAGGAAAGUGAUUAAGAAGAGAAGCCUCCAUCCAACAUGAAGACUGCACAGCUUUAUCAAUAUUCUGUUGCCAAUUUGCCUUGAUUUUAUUAUGUAUCACUUUUAUCCUUACUUCAGUGAUAUUUGAAUAAAACCCACUUUAAAUGGC